CUCAUAUAUCGCGGGGAGCUGUCCUGGUUCUGAAAACAGAAUAGCUCGCGCUUAGACUGGGAGAUGAUAUAAACGUUCACUACUGUCGUCCGAGCUACUUGCCAAAGGCGAUAUUAGGAUGCUGCCACUCAAGCUAUCGACGAGAAAAGCCGUUGUUUUCGCCUUCCUCCUCCAUGUGUGCGCUGUGCAGGUCGCAUCCCUCCCUCAUCACCAUAGGCUCAGAGGCGGGGAGUCCGAGGACCGUCAAACCGCUGCCUACCCGCCCAGUUCUGACAUGAUCAAAGCCCUGGAGUACAUCGAGAGCCUAAAGCAACGGAAAGACGGGGCCCGAGAACGAGAGGAGCCAACAAGAGACUAUGAUGAGGUCGAGAAGAUCCGAAUUCUCCUUCAGCUCGCCUCUCUCCAGGACGAAGGGGCACCAGAAAGAAAGUCUUCUCCACUUGCCCAGAGGCAGCAAGACAUACCGGCUGAGCAGCUUGUGAGAGCCUUGCUCAGGACCCUCCAGGAACAGCCUGGUGGUCCACCCAGACCGGCCCCUGUGGUGCCGUUGAACGACCGCCGUGCGCAUAGGCACCACACCGCGAACCCAGGCAGCCCCGUAAACGCACCGGCCUAUGGUGGCUUCCCAAGGCCGCACAAAAAGUAUCCGCUAAUGUUCGAAGACGAGGAAAAUAGAGACAGCGCCAAGCGCGCCUCGGAGAAUCUGAACGAACAAUACACACCUCAGAGCCUCGCCAAUCUGCGCUCAGUCUUCGAAGAGCUGGGGAAACUAUCCACCGCAAAUAACCAGAAGCGCGGAAUCAUAGACGACGACGAAGAUUUAUUGGGUUUGACGAAUCUGGCCUACGAGGACGUUGCGGGUGGGGAGGAAUGGAUUCCCGUAGAGGAGAAGGUCGAGACUGAGGAGGUGGUGAACGGGAGCCAUGAUGAGUUUGACAGGGCUCUAGAGCAGAACUAUGACGAGGAGGAGGGCGAUGAGGAAGAAGAGGGCGAAGGAAUGCAGGUGCAGCGCAGAGCCAGUCAGGAUAAAGAGGAACCAGAAGAUGAUACUAAAUUAGUGGAUUAUUAUCUGUUAAAGAUCCUGGAGAUGAGCGAACAUGAGACAGCCAAGAGGCAAGCUGGUGAUCAAAAAAAGAGACUAAUCCGCCACCCCCUAGUUGAUCCCAGGGCUCUGAACGAGCUAUUAGAGAUCUCACUCAAACUCCACAUUCCCCCGGAGGACCUUAUAGAUAUGCUAAUCACCGAAGAAAUGAGAAAAAUAGACCGUCACCAUCAAUCCACACCUCGCUACAGAACGAGCAACAAACCAAAAAUCAGAUACUACAGCCGAAGAAUCCCAGUCAAAAGCGCUCCUGAUGACAUGGACGAGGAAGAUUUCCUAAAUAUUAUUGAAAUGGAAACUAUAAGCAACGACUAUCCUGCGAGUCGGCGGCCACUCAAGAGUGUUUCUGCCCCAACCAGAGUUUCAGCACCACCCGCUCCUGCGAGAGCUUUAGCACCAGCCGCGCCUCCAGCGACUGCUCCUAAAGUCCCAACCUCAUCCGGUCGAAGGGAAAACUUAUUCAUGUCAGAACUUAACAAAAUGCCAUUUAAAAGAGAAUCAGACAACGAUGAGGAAGCGGAUGAAGAUGAGAUAACUACAUUUCUGGCGGCCAAAAUGUUAACGCAGUACCCCAGCACGAUCAACAAACGCGACACCCAAUCCCAGGCAAACGGACAGUUUCCUUACGAGCUCUACGAACAAGCAAUGAAAGAUUACUUUGACCAAGCGGACAUUGAGAAAACCGGCACACCGACAAAGAGAGCUUCCGAAGCUCACGAGGAGUUAGGUGAGCAUGCAGAGACGCUGGUGAAAGACGCGGUUCCAAAGUCCACCGCGGGACCAGAGACCGGGAAUGAAGAGCAUCAUGGAAACCCAAUUGCUGGAAUGUAGGCUCCGCUGUGUAGACGCGCUCGACUGAAGACAUCCUUUACUUAAAUAUGAAGUCAUGUUUAUACUAUCAAUAACUAUUCUGCUGGAGGAACUCCAGUUUACAUAACAUGUGUAUAUACAGUACAGGAAAUAAUAUAUAAGACUCAUAUCAGUGUGCUGGGCUAGAGGCACAGUGUGUCGGGUAUACAUCUGGGUUUGUGAGUUUCUAAUCUUGUAACAUUGUGAAAAUGUAAUUCCCUGAUAUAGGCUAGAGAUAAAGACAGUCACCGUCCUGCCUUCCGACCCUGUAACGCUGCAAGCUCUGUAAUUGUUGGAGUCUCGGUUGUUGUGGUAUAUAUGCUCAUUUUUAAACCAUUUUGUACAUGUUCAAUAAUGUGUGACGAGCUGGAGUUGAAUAAAGCAUUAGUGGUAUUAUUUUUUU